CAGCAUUCGUGCCUCAAUCCGAGUAUCAUAUCGGCAGACCACUGCUGCCUGCUUCACACCUUGUUGUCCACCCUCCGAGUUCGCUACAAUAUACGGUUUCACAAGAGCAAAACCUGCGACACUUCGAGAAGAUAAGAUUAUGGAUUAGGCAGCUCACGUCGACGUCGUGCUUGUUGCCUGGUCUUCCGAGAUAUCUACCCUCUCGUCCGACAUUGAAGCUUUUGAUGCUUCGUAGCUUAGCUGCAUCACCACUGCCCUCUACUUCGAUGGACGCCUCGCUCGAGAUUGUCUCAUAUAUCAUCCCGACUCUCAUCGCGAUCUUUACGGUUCCCGUGAUAUGGCGAUUUGCCAAGAGUAUUCGAAGCGCGAAACCCGUCAAGGAUGAUGAAAUCUAUCAAGAUGAGGAUGGGAAGGCGACCGAGGAGUCAAUGAAGGAGUAUUCAACCAAACGUUCCUUCAUUGUGAUCUUUGUCGGGACUGGUUUGGGACUUGCUUCUUCCUUUGCACUCUCAGUGGUAGCGACUAUUGAGUCUAUGAACAUCAAAUAUGUUACCAUUGUAUGGCUAUUGUUCUGGUCCUGGGUUUUGGUACUUCUGCAAGUUUUGGAUGUCUUCCGAGAAACCCGAUUUGUCACGAGAUUCCACAGAGGCGUGCGCAGCUCAGUCUCCCUCUUCCUGACCGGCAUUCUUGCUACAAUUAUGAUCCUCUCUCAGCAACCCGACUUCCCUCAGAACAUUGCCUUCUACGUCACCCUUGGACUUCAAAUUUUCGGUACUCUGACCGCUGGUACCACGUUUUUGUUCAUCAAACGACGUCCAGAUGUCUUUGCCGAGAAUGGGAAAGUCGUUGAAAGGCAACUUCAGACUUCCAUAUGGACCAAAUAUACCUACAAUUGGAGUUCUGAUAUCCUGGAUCUUGCUGCGACGAAGCUCAUUGAGCCCGAGGAUUUGCCGGCUAUGGAUGCUCAUGUGAGGGCUAAAGACGUGAAGAAAUCGUUCCGAGAGAUCAUCUUGAAGCCCACCACCUCUCUAUGGCUUCAGAUUUUCUGGGCUUAUCGUGGGGCUCUAGUCUACCAAUGGUUCAUGGUCAUACUUUCCUCUGUGGUCGAUGCUGCUCCACAACUGGCGAUGUUGCAAUUGCUUCGGUACCUAGAAGUGCGAGAAGGAUUUGGAUUCAUCGAUCCCAGGGCAUGGCUAUGUGUUGGAUCCCUCUUGUUAGCUACGGCCUUGGAAACCCUGGUUGAUUACCGAAUAACCUGGCAAAUGUGGUCUGAACUUGGGGUACCCAUUCGAUCAACUCUCACGACUCUAAUAUUUGAGAAGAUGAUGAAGCUGAAGGACUGUAAAGAACCUCCAUCCGCUGAAAAAGAUGAGAAAGACGAGAAAGACAAAAACCCGAAUGGAGCCAAUGGCAACCCUCACGGACACGGCCAUGGACAUGGAAAGCCUGACCCCUCCAAAAAAGAUGCAGCGAAGAAAGGCAAGAAAACACAGAGUCAACAAGACAUAAUCAACAUGUUUGCUGUCGAUACCAACCAAGUUGGAGUUUUCGGAGCCGUGAAUCAAUUCUACAUUAUGUUCGCAUCGAAAUUUGCCGUCUCUAUCGUCUUUCUCUGGCUCCUUGUGGGCUGGGAGAGUUUACUGGCUGGCAUGUUCGUCAUUAUCUUGUUCUUCCCAGUCAACAAGUACCUAGCGGGUCGAUAUGGUACCGUGCAGAAAGAACUAAUGAAAGCACGAGAUAAGAAGACCAAGGUCAUCUCAGAAGCACUUCAAGGCAUUCGACAAAUCAAGUUCUCUGCGAACGAAGCUGAAUGGACCGAAAAGAUUAACGACGUACGAGCGGAGGAACUCAUUUUGUUGUGGCAAUCCAAACUCAACAACCUGAAUAUGAUGCUUGGAUCCGAUAUCGCACCCGUAUUCUUGACUGUUCUGGCACUGGCUACCUACUCGUACAUCCAUGGUGAUCUCCUACCAUCGGUUGCUUUCACGGCCUUGGGAGUCUUCAUGCAACUUGAAGGCAUUCUGGGGAUGGUUCCAUUUCUCAUGAUGAUGGGCAUCAAUGCAAAGGUAUCAUGCGACCGCAUCGACAAAUUUUUACAAUCCGAUGAGAAGCCCGAAAACACCUAUCCUGGUGACUCUAUCAAAUUUGACAACGUCUCGGUCAGCUUUCCAUCAAUGUCUAACGAUCAGGAACCGGACCCAGAAGAAGAUGAGGAAGCACGCCAAGCACGAGAGAACAAAUUUGUUCUUCGUGAUCUGACUUUACAAUUUCCCAACAAUGCCCUAAGUGUCAUUCUAGGUCCCACCGGAGCAGGCAAAUCGUUGCUGCUGGCAGCUAUUCUAGGAGAAGUGGAUGUCUUAUCAGGAAAUAUUACGGUUCCCCGAGCUCCACCUGUUAGCGAACGUUUCGACAGCAAAGCAACUGCAGCUGAUUGGAUCAUCCCGUCAGCUAUUGCAUUCGUUGCCCAAACUCCUUGGAUUGAAAAUGCAUCCAUCAAAGAUAACAUUUUGUUCGGGCUCCCUCAUGAUGAGACUCGGUAUGAAAAGGUUCUCAAAGCAUGUGCUCUAGCAGAUGAUCUUAAGCUUUUCGACGACGGCGAUCUGACUGAGGUUGGUGCUCAAGGGAUCAGUCUUAGUGGAGGACAGAAGUGGCGUCUUACUCUUGCACGAGCGCUGUACUCUCGAUCUGGUAUACUCAUCCUUGAUGACGUUUUCUCGGCUCUCGAUGCCCAUGUUGGUAAAUAUCUCUACGAUAACGCUUUGAUGGGAGAGCUGGCUGACGGAAGAACGCGUGUACUCGUCACCCAUCACGCUUCUUUGUGUCUUCCACGUGCAAAGUAUGCGGUGUGCCUGUCUGCAAAGGGAGUUCUCGAGCAUGCUGGUCUGGUCAAAGAUCUCCGAGAGACUUCUGCUUUCAAGAAUAUUGUCCAAGCUGAGGACGAAGAAGCUAGCCCGAAAGAGCAAGAGGCAAAUGCCGAUGAAGUAAAAGCCGAUGGCGAUACGAAUGGCACGACGCCCAAGGCCGAUAGAAAGCCUCCGAAGAAGCUCAUUGAAGAUGAAGCACGCGAAACUGGUAGUGUCAAGCGAAGUGUCUACAUGACCUAUCUCAAAGCUACAGGAGGCUACCCUUUCUGGGGGUUUGUCCUGAUUUUCUACAUCAUUGCUCAAGCUCUAAAUCUGAGUCGUUCCUACUGGAUCAAGAUUUGGACUUCGAGCUACGAGCAUAAGAAUGAGAUGCUACAUGGUGUUGUCUCCUACGCUCUGCAAACACAAUUUGGUGGCGUCAACGCCUCUUCUACUCUCAGCGACACAGCUCAAUACUCCCAAUCCGAUUCGGGAUUCUCUGAGAUGUUCUCCACUCCGCUUGUCUCUAAAUUGUUCUCCAGUUUUCAAUCUAGCGACGCUUCGAUCGGCUAUCCAGUCUCCCCUGCGAUUUCGACGUCUUUCUCUCCAAGUUCGCAUGCUCAAAGCUCCCAGAUGUCGGUGACAGCACUCCCGAUUGAAGUCAACAACCGUAGCUUGACAUUUUAUCUCGUCGGAUAUGUCGUAAUCUCCAUGGUAUCGACAGUGAUUGAUAUUGGCCGUUUCUAUGUCGUUUAUCGUGGGUCUCUUCGAGCUUCACGGAAGGUCUUUCAGGAUAUGACUUACAGAGUUCUUCGAACACCUCUGAGAUGGCUUGACACUGUUCCUACUGGACGCAUUUUGAAUCGUUUCACAGCGGACUUCGCAUCUAUGGACUCGCAACUAUCAUCCAACUUUGCACAAGUCGCGGCUUCAAUGCUCUCUAUUGUCGGAAUCAUGGUCUCUGCGCUCCUGGUCUCGCCAUAUAUCAUCAUCUUUGCUCUUCUUCUCCUCUUCUUUUGUGGCCGUAUCGCUCUCCGCUACAUCCGUGGCGCACGCUCCAUCAAGCGAUUAGAAUCGAUUCAGAAAUCGCCCAUGAUUUCGCACUUCACUGCCUCGCUUCAAGGAUUGAGCACUAUUCGCGCUUUCGGUAGCUCUCAAGUCUUCGAAACCCGUAUGCAUAACUUGAUCGAUGCAUUUACUACUGCAACAUGGCACAAUUGGCUGUUCAACAACUGGGUCGGCUUCCGCAUGUCUAUGGUUGGAUCUUUGUUCUCCACUGUCGUUGCGGCUUUUAUUGUCGCCACCAAAGGCAUUGAUGCAUCGUUAGGAGGGUUUGCCCUUGCUUUCGCAUUGUCCUACCGCCGAACAGUUAAUAUGACACUCAGACUUCUUGCUGCAACAGAGCUUGAUAUGAAUGCUGCGGAACGUGUCUUCGAAUACUCUGGUCUUGCCAUUGAACCUGAGGGUGGAGCUGAUGUUCGAGCUUCUUGGCCCGAAAAAGGCGAAUUAGAGAUUACAGACCUCGAAAUUGGGUAUGCGGAAGGUUUGCCGGCGAUUUUGAAGGGCCUGAACGUCCAUGUUGAGAUGAAUCAAAGAGUUGGUAUCGUGGGAAGAACCGGUGCUGGUAAAUCAACUUUGUCCUUGGCUCUGUUCCGCUUUCUUGAGGCACGUAGGGGUAGUAUCGUCAUUGAUGGAAUUGAUAUCUCGAAAAUCAAGCUUCAUGACCUCCGUACACGUCUCGCGAUUAUCCCUCAAGAUCCUGUUCUCUUCUCAGGCACGAUAAGAUCCAAUUUAGACCCGUUCGACCAAUUCUCCGAUUUCCAAGUCCGUGAAGCACUUCAGCGGGUCCAUCUCAUCCCGUCUACCGACAACACUCCCGUCCCUGAACACGACCUGAGUACAGAAUCGUCCGCAACAGCUGUCGGAAGCAGUGCUACUUCGGUCACGGCUGCUGAACCUGCCAAUAAGGAGAACACCAACAUUUUCCUGUCGCUGACUUCACCUAUCUCUUCGUCGGGGGCCAACUUAUCGCAAGGUCAAAAACAGCUUUUAUGUCUGGCACGAGCCAUUCUUUCUCGUCCCAAGCUGCUCUUACUGGAUGAAGCUACUUCAGCUGUAGACAAGAAGACAGACACUCUCAUCCAAAGAAGCAUUCGAGAAGAAUUCGCCAACACAACAUUAUUGGUCAUUGCACAUCGAUUGAGUACUGUCAUGGAUUUUGAUCGAAUUUUGGUUAUGAAAGAUGGUGUUGCUGCUGAGUAUGGAACCCCAAAAGAACUGUUAGAAAAAGAGGAUGGCGUUUUCAAAGACAUGGUUGCACAAAGUGGAGAGAAGACUGAAUUAGAGAGUAUGGUGGGCUCGUCUUAAACGCGUGUUUAUAGAAAAGUUCGUGCAUUCACUGUAUUGGAAUGUUGGUUUAUGACAAUGUAUUAAAUUAUCUGUUCAAACGAU